CGGCAGUUCCCACAACAGCAACACACGGAACCGAUGUGCACAGUGGUGUUAUAUUAUAGUUCUUAUACGUAUAGGUAUAAAGAAAGUGCAGUUUUGGUGCUCGUGAACUGACAGGAGUGAAUCUAGAGAGUAAACGCCACGAAUUUUUGUCAAAACAUCCAGAGUUCAAGUGCGUGUAUUUUCAGGUAUUUUAGCGUCUACAUCAUAAUGUGGAGAAAUACCGAUAAGAGCUAAGCCGAUGGUGUAGUCAUCAUGGUCAUGCCAUAGGGCAUAGCAUAGGUGUGUGUCUCUCUCCCCCCAUAAGUAAUUACGGGAGAGCAAGUUGGAGCACUGCUCAUUUCGUUCGCUCAACGUUGCGCGCAUAUAAGCGAUGCGUAUUAUAUAUUAUUGUCCCGGUAGCUAACGAGCGUAUAACUAUAAGUGAAGGCCGAGGUGAGCCAAAGUGAGUGGACUACUUGUGGCUCGCCGCUCUCGCGUGAGUCGUUCAGUCGUGGCCCGUCGUCAGCCCGUGGGGCUGGAAAAAAAAGAAAAAGAAUUUUUUUGCUGCUCCAAAAGAAAGAGGGAGAGAGAAAGAGAGAGAGAGAGAGAGAGAGAGAGAAAGCCUGUUGAGCGUAUAGCACCUCGUCGCUGAGUAAUAAGAGUAUAUACGAGUGAGAAAGAGAGACAGAGAAGGAAAAAGAGACAACAGCUGAGGUGAAGAAGAAGAAGAAUCGAGGAAUCUUUGAAUCGGCGCGCCCUGCAUAACACUGCACGCUGCAUACCUAUACCUACUGUAUGCAUGCUUGCAAGCCGUCGUGUACAAAUAUAAAUGCUGAUCUCAGUGUUGCUAUGAGGUGCGAGCGGACGAGGCUCUUAACUGCUCGUUUUGACUCCGCUGCACCAUCCGCUGGACCAGAUCGUCCUAUUGCUGCCGCAACCGCCGGGUUAUUCUGCUGUUACCACGGCCUUUUCGAGACGCAGAGAAGCGAGCUGUGCUAUGGACUGCAGAAUCGACAAUUUCUUUAUCUGCUCUAAAUUUGACAUGUCAUAAGGUAACGGAGAGAACAAGUUCUUGGAAAAAUGGGCUUUUCCAGCAGUUUGCAGGGCCAGACUUCACACGAAGCUCUGCUGGGCCGGCAGGAUGCUGAGAUCAAGCUGCUCGAGACAAUGCGCAGAUGUCUCACCACGAAAGUCAAGUCUGAUAGAGAGUAUGCAUCUAACAUAUCUGCGCUCAGUACCCUUGGGAAGAAGGUUGAUCGCAGCGAAGAUUUGGUUGGAAGCUUGAUAGCUCAGAGUUGGAGAGACAUAAUGGAGUCAAUUGAUCAAACAGCCAAGUUAAUUAAACAACAAGCAGAUUCUAUGGAGAACAUUGUUGUAGAGCAUAUAUCUUCCCUUCAUUCUGAGAGAAGAAAAGCUAGGAAAUUUUAUCAGGAGGAACAAACUUGGUUGAAUAAUCAAUUCCAACAGCUGACUGAUGAAGUAACUCGAAAAAAGGCAGAAUAUCAAAAAAAUCUUGAAAUGUAUAAAUUGAUGAGAUCUCGGUUUGAAGAACAUUAUGUAAAAUCUGGUAGAGGAGGGAGAAAAUUAGACGAAGUGAGAGAAAAAUAUCAAAAAGCUUGUCGCAAACUCCAUUUGACCCACAAUGAAUAUGUGUUACUCUUGGGUGCUGUUACCGAGUGUGAGCAUGAUCUACGGACUUGCUAUUUGCCUAGUCUGCUUCAGAGGCAGCAAGCUAUUCAUCAAGACUUUGUGAUUGCUUGGAAAGGAAUCAUGCAAGAUGUAGUAAAAUACACAGAUUUUACAAAUGGAAAAUUUCAAGAAAUUCACACACGUAUGCAAAAGGCUGUAGAUACUAUAAAACCCAUUGAGGAGUAUAGAGAUUUUAUAGGAAAACAUAGAACCAGGCCUGCAUCUCCCAUCAGGUUUAUAUUUGAUGAAAAUCUUGUUGAUGAUACAUCAGGAAAAUUGCUUCCAAAUAAACUCACUGUUGAUAAUUUAACAAUAGAUUGGUUAAGAAAUCGACUAACAGAACUAGAAACUUCUUUAAAAACAACACAGUCAAGUCGACAAACUGCCCAACCUAAUACUGAAAAUAAUUGUGAUACAAAAUCAAGUUUAGACUACUCACAAGAGAGAGAAGAACUUAGGCUCCGCUGUCAAGAAAGAAAAUUACAAAGACAGGCUGAGGUGAUCAGAGCAGCUUUAAAUGAACUUGGCUGUGAAGAACUACCUUCUGGUUGUGAUCUCUCCAUGGAAGGUUCCUUUACAGAACCAGUAAAUAAGACAAGUGUAAUAACGGAUAAUGGUUUUUUUACUUUACGAAGAAAUCAAAAAUUCAUGACAAUCCUUAAAUCACCCUUUAAAUCACUGCCAGUAAUACAUAACGAGAAAAAAGGUCUAGUUAGAGCCGGUAGUGAAGGAUCUACUGUUCAUAGAGCUGUAGAGUCUGGGUCAGAUGUACCAAUACGUGGAAUCUCUAGUUGUAAUAAUCAAAAAGGAAAUGGCAAUGGUGGCCUCAUGGAAGAAGAGUGGUUCCAUGGUGUUUUACCGCGAGACGAAGUAGUACGACUCUUAGUUAAUGAAGGAGAUUUUUUGGUACGCGAAACCAUCAGAAAUGAAGAAAGCCAAAUCGUUUUGUCUGUGUGUUGGGAUGGUCAUAAACAUUUCAUAGUUCAGACAACACAAGAGGGACAUUUUCGCUUUGAAGGUCCUACAUUUCCAUCUAUUCAAGAGCUUAUAACACAUCAACUCAAGUCUGGAUUACCAGUCACUAGUCGAUCAGGAGCUAUUUUACAAACUCCUAUUUCAAGAGAGCGUUGGGAACUUAACAACGACGAUGUUGUAUUACUUGAAAAAAUCGGCCGUGGUAAUUUUGGAGACGUUUAUAGGGCACUGUUAAAAACUUGUAAGACUGAAGUAGCUGUUAAAACUUGUAAAGUAACGUUGCCCGAUGAACAGAAAAAAAAAUUUCUUCAAGAAGGUAGAAUAUUGAAACAAUAUGAUCACCCAAAUAUUGUCAAACUCAUAGGAAUUUGUGUGCAAAAACAACCUAUAAUGAUUGUUAUGGAAUUAGUUCCUGGUGGAUCUUUACAAACAUAUUUAAGAAAAAAUGCUUCUAAUAUAACACAAGUGGGACAGCUUCAAAUGUGCAAAGAUGCUGCUGCUGGAAUGUGUUAUUUAGAAUCAAAAUAUUGUAUUCAUAGAGAUUUAGCAGCUCGAAAUUGUCUCGUUGGAUAUGAAUCAAUUGUUAAGAUCUCAGAUUUUGGUAUGUCGAGGGAAGAAGAGGAAUAUAUUGUAUCUGAUGGAAUGAAACAAAUUCCGAUAAAAUGGACAGCCCCAGAAGCACUUAACUUUGGAAAAUAUACAUCGCUGUGUGACGUCUGGAGUUAUGGAGUUCUGAUGUGGGAAAUUUUUUCCAAAGGCGGUUCUCCAUACAGCGGUUUAUCAAAUUCACAAGCCCGUGAAAAGAUAGAUGGAGGUUAUCGAAUGCCGGCUCCAGAAGGAACACCAGAAGAAAUUUAUCGUCUCAUGUUACGAUGCUGGGAAUAUGAACCUGAGAAAAGACCGCACUUUGAUCAAAUAUAUUCGGUUAUUGAUACAAUAACACAAGCUUACAAAUUGGUGCAAGCUUAAAUUAAAUUUUUAUAUAUAGUAUUUUUGGAUAGUAUUUUUGCAAUGACGUUUUAAAAUAAUUGUUGCGCAUUAAAAGAGACAAAAAGAAGAGAAAUUAGCAACUUAGUUGCGCAUUUAAUGACCCUUUUGAAAUUGUCUAAUCGCACGAAAUACAGUUUUUAUGCUUAACGUGACAGUAUUUUGAAUACUAAUCGUGCAAUAAAUGAAAAAGGAAACUGUUAAGAGAUACAAAUCUCGAAUGUUGUUAUUCACAGAUCGAUGUGCUCGUCAAGUGAAGUAUUGUAAUAAUUGUAAGAACCAUUACAUCUGUUUUUAACUACUUAGAAUAUU